UACAUGGAAUCGAAAGGAUGACAAUAUUUUAUUAAUGUACUUGUUUCCAUGAACCUGUACGCGUUGUCUGGAAACAAAAAGAAAGCUAAAAGCAUGUCUGUUUAUAUUUUAGGUUGUCAAAGUUAAAGCAAAAUAAACAAAUCGAGGACAAGAGACAAUUAGCAUCAACGCAAAUCAUAAGCAACAAAAAACUAAAUAAACGGAUAGUGUAGUAUUGACGCUAAAAAUGUGAUUAUUUUAGGAUAUUAACUAUUGUGAUGUGAAGUUUUUUUUAAUAAGUUUAAUUAUAUCAUAUUUAAGUCAAACCGAUAAUAGAAUAAACAUGGAAUCUUUUGUGCUUUAUCGUAACUUUUUAUUAUUAAUUAUAUUUGUAAGCGGUGUGAAUUCAUUACCAUACGAUGUGCACUGGCUGGGUGGACCUACAAUAAUUGAUAGGGAGAUACAACCAAAUAAAGAAACAAUUGACAUAUAUUGCUACAGUGGAUGUAAUAAGAAUUUAUUUGUUCUGUGGCAGACAGUUAAAUUUAAUUUAAAAAUAAAAAGUGAUGAGUUCAGCCAGUAUCUCGGAGAUAACCCAGAAGAUGUUUACAAAGAAUACACAGAGAACAGCUACGGCUGGGCUGUUGUCAAUCCUUUCCAGAGGAAAUCAUAUAAGAGUAUCUCAAUUGACCUUUUUACACCAACAUGUAUGGUGAUAGACACAAAACAUCGUCAUAGUAUUGAAUUAAAUAUACAGAGAGUUGAUAUGUGGAGAGUCCUACUAAUGGCCUUAGGUCUAGUCUUAAUAUUCUCUUCAAAAGCACUAAGUGGAAAUCCAGUGUUCUUCUAUGUUUGUGGCGUUCUGGUCGGAGUGUCCGCUUCCUUUCUACUGCUGGUGUAUUAUUUUAGCAAGUUGUUACCUAGGAAAACGCUAACAUAUGGCAUACUGAUUGGUGGUUGGACGGUCGGUGUGUACCUACUCCGUCAAGUAUGGGAGAAUGUUCAGAGCAUAUUAAUGUCGUACCAAGUGUAUAUGUUCUGGUACGUGCUGGUUGUGACGUUCGUUAGUUUUGUGGUCUGCUACAGAAUUGGUCCGCCGAAGAACCAGAGAAGCAAGAAUCUUGUUAUGUGGACAUUACAAGUGUUAGGUGGUAUAAUAACAUUCUUCAGCAGCCAGUACCGCGAGGCGUCGACCGCGCUGUGCGUGCUGGCGCUCGCCCUCAAGUACUUCCCGCACUCCUGGCUGUACCGGCUGCAGGGGUAUUGGCGGCGCAAGUUCCCGCGCGCGCGGCGCUUGCUGUCCAGCGAGGAGUACUACGAGCAGGGCGCGCGCGAGACCAAGCGCGCGCUCGACGACCUGCGCCACUUCUGCAGCAGCCCCGACUGCAAGCAGUGGAGCGUCAUCAUGAAGAUCAGCGACGCCAAGAGGUUUGCGAGUUUCGUGGAAGGUAAUUCUCACCUGAGUGAUGACGAGGUGAUGGACUACGAGUCGUACGCGUUCUCAUUAGAACGAGACAAGCCCGCGGCGAACUCCACGCGCGCUUACGACAUCUCCGAUGAUGAUUCCGACACUGAUGAUGAAGAAUUGUGAUGAAUUGAUGAUUGGAUUGUGAUAAAGUGAUCACAAUACCAAAGCUCCUACUACUGUUGUAAAUAAUUAUACGAUUUACACCUUGUUUUAUGUUUUAAAAAUAUUUUGAUAAGUGCUAUUUUUGUGUUUAGAAAGUAAUGUUAGAAUUUUUUUUUCUGUGAAAUAUGUUUGUCGUAUUAAAUAUACGAUAGUUAGGAGCUACUAAUGUAUCAUGGUUUUAAAUCCAGGUGUGUUUUGUGAUUUUUUUUUAUGAUAUUAAAAAGUUUGAUGCAGGGAUCAGCAACAUUUAGAUGAAUUUAGUGAUUUCAAAGAAUUUUCCAAAGUCUUGGCUUACCUGAAAAAUCUUGUAUAUUAAUAUUGUUUUAAAUUUAAAAUCUAAUCAAGUCUUAUCAAGACAUCUUUUCAAUAGUCGUAUUUUUCAAUUGUCAGAAAAGGUUGCUGAUCUCUGCUGCUUAUUUUGUACCUAAAAUAAAUGUGUUUUACUCUUUGAAAGCUUUUGUGUUCUUAUUUUUCUCAUAAGGAUCGUUUUUGUAUUUUUUUGAUUUUUUUCGAGGGUUUGUGUCUUAUUUUUGUAGUUUAAUAUAACAUAUAUUAUACUAAAGUCAAUUAUGUAUAAUAUCUGAGUAAAGUAAUAAAACGUAACAAUUUUAUAAUAGUGAUAUAGAAUGAAUCUGGUUGUGUGUAUUUAGAAUAUUGUAAAACCAUACACUAAGAACCAGUGCACACCUUUGACUAAACAAUCGCACGACGUUGUGCGAUUGUCGAUUGUUUUGCAGCUCAUUCAACUUUUUAGUU